GGACGAAAAUUACGGACGCGUGAACAAAUUUCAUCCGGCCGGAAUGAGUUGUCGUUCCACCGUCGACAAUGCCGGUCCGAUCGUUUAACAUUCAAGAUCUACUCGAUUACGAUCCUAAUAACGACGAUUGCGUUAGCAGCCAAACAAGAUCCGCCAAGCGAGAAAAGGAAUCCGGUCGUAAAGAGACGGAAGAGACGGACGUGACCGUCAUCAUCGACGUCGAAAACCAUCACCAGGAUAAAGUGUUACUUCACAAGGACGAAAAUGGCAUCGACCGGAAGAACAAAAAAGACCGAACCCACAAUUCAGAAGUUCCAUUGCCGAUUUACAUCCGAGCCGAUGCGAAAUUCUGCGGUUCGUGGCCACCAAAGAGACGCAUCCGCACCGUCUUCACAGUCGGUCAGAUUAAUCAACUUGAGAAGCGGUUCCAGACACAACACUACUUGACGGCGGGAGAACGGAUCGACUUGGCACGCCACCUAAAUUUGUCCGUCUUGCAGGUCAAAACGUGGUUUCAGAAUCGCCGGAUGAAAUGGAAGAAGAGCAGCGCCGCUUGAAUCCUUCCUCACACAAAAACCCAUUUGAUUUAUUCUGUCGUGAG